AUGCUGCCCCCAAAAACUAAGAGGUUAACGAGGGAGUACUUGUACAGAAAGAACUUAGAAGGCAAACAACGGUUGCGCUAUGAGAAGAAGCGCAAGAUCAGAGAAGCUCUAGAAGAGGGGAAACCAAUACCCACGGAGCUUCGGAAUGAGGAAGCCGCCCUUCGUCAAGAUAUCUAUGGAAGUUCUUUGAUAUAUGAUAAUUUUUAUGUGAAAGUUCAUGUUUAUAUAUCAAAGUGUCGUGUCCCAAUGUCACGUAUUGAUGAUGAGUAUGUAAACACACAAAGAGACCCCAAAAUUUUGCUAACUACCUCCAGGGAUCCGAGUGCUUCACUGUUACAAUUUGCAAAGGAACUGAAACUUGUUUUUCCCAAUGCACAACAAAUGAAUCGCGGUGGCCAGGUUAUUUCUGAAAUCAUUGAAACUUGCCGUGCACACGAUUUUACAGAUGUUGUGUUGGUUCAUGAGCAUCGUGGUGUACCAGAUGGGUUGAUUAUAAGCCACCUUCCCUUUGGUCCAACAGCUUAUUUUCAACUACUCAAUGUGGUUACAAGACAUGACAUCAAAGAUAAGAAAACCAUGGGAACGAUGCCUCAGGUUUAUCCACAUUUGAUUCUCAACAAUUUCACGACUAAGUUGGGUGAGAGGACAGCAAAUAUUUUAAAGCAUCUCUUUCCAGUGCCAAAGCAGGACACGAAACGCAUAAUCACUUUCGCCAAUCAGUCUGACUACAUUUCAUUCAGGCAUCAUACUUAUGAGAAGCACAGAGGCCCUAAAUCCGUUGAGCUGAAGGAGGUUGGUCCUCGGUUUGAAUUGAGGCUUUUUAAGAUUAAGUUAGGAACAGUGGAUCAGAAUGAAGCCCAGACUGAAUGGGUUAUCAGACCAUACAUGAACACAGCCAAGAAACAGAAGUUUAUGGGGGAUUGA